GUGCAUGAAUUACCGCUCUACAGCGGGUUACGUAAGAGCUGCCGUCAGAACAGGGGAUCACAGGGAGCAGAGAGAGAAGGAAAGCAGAGAGGAAGGCAGAGAGAGAGAGAAGGGACAGAGGCAGGGAGUAAAGAGAGAGAGAGUAGAGAGAAAAAGGCAUUGUGCAGAGAUUGCAGGGACAGGCAGAUUACAGAGUGGCUACGAUCCACAGCGCACCAGCGACAUGGGCCACACACAGACCUCUUUGUCUCCACUCAGGGAGUGAAGAGACGAGACUAGGACUGGGAAGAGGACAGGACACUGUGAGAGGAAGUGAUUUGAAGAACAACUGUGUUUCUGCAGCUUUUGCUGGGGCACCUUGAGUGGCGGGGCGGUAAGGGACCAGCUGUGAGUGUCAUCUGGCCAUGAGAGAGUGACGGAGAAAGGACAUCUACUGCUACUGAGGACGUCUUGGUAUCUUCCUCUCCUGCCUGUCCCCAUGUCUAGAGGAGGUAGGCCCCCGGGUGGGUGGGCCCCAAUGUGGCCCCUGGCGUGUGCACUGACCCUGGCUGCAUGCUCGUCGGUCAGCCCCCUCCUCCAAGAGACCACCUCUGAUCCUCCCAUUGCUACAGAGACACAGACUGGAGUAUGGACACAGCCAGAGCUUCAGACAAAGGCACAGACUGUGGCACAGACACAGACAGAACCACAGACACAGCCUAAGCUACAGACUGAGUCCCCAACAGAGUUAGAGUCACAGGCAGCUACCAUCAACCACACAGGUCUGUUGUGUGUGUCCGUGCUUCCCCCGAGGCGCGGGUCAUUCUAUGUGGAGCAUGGGACAGGGGUGUCGGUGGGUACAGUGCUGGCCUUCUGGUGCAGGGAGGGCUACCAGCUGGUGGGCAGUGAUAAGAUCUCCUGCAGCGUCUGGGCAGGCAAACCCCAGUGGAGUAACUUCCUGCCAGUCUGUGAGGCCAUAUCGAGGCCAGAGGACCGGGGUCUGCGCGUGGCCGUGUUGGCCUCAGUGGUCAGUGGCAUCGUCAUCCUGGCAAUGUCUCUCUCCUUCAUCAUCUGCUGCCUGCAGGAACGCACUGGGAAGGACAGGGCCACCAGGAGGGACGGCAGGAGCAGGCGUAGAGACACCCGGUCUUCUCGGCGUAGUGAGUGCUGGCUGGAGAGAGAGGAGGGGGACUGGGGCACGUUCCCCCCUCCUAAGAUCUUCCACCUGUCACAGCGGCCGGACCUCCGGCUGGCUGCAGAAAGCCCUGUCUACCUGGGGGGCAUGGCCGGCUUCGACAACUGUGGAUACCAGCGGAGUCAGGAGAGCCUACUGAAGGCCCCGCUUCCUGGUCUGUUCCGGGCGGAGAGUCAGAUCAUCUACCCCCACGUGGUGCUCCAGAGAGUCCCCACCCCCACUGCCCCAACUGCCCCAACUGCCCCUGUCUACCCCCACAACAUUCCCUCCAACUCCGGAUGUGCUCCCUCACAGCCACACCACAUGCCCCCAUAUCCUACCCCGCAGUAUCCUAUCCACAACUCCACCCCCCAGCGAGUUCCAUGGCAAAUGCAGCCCCAUUGAACUGUCACUGUCCACUCGCUCUCUCCCUCUAUGGAGGUCAAGGGUCAAUGAGGAAGGAUCAAAUAACACACUAUUCCCUAAUAAGUGCGCUACGUUUGAGCAGAGCCCCAUGCAGCUAACCUUAUACAAGUUUUGGUCAAAAGUAAUAAGGAAAAGGAAUAAGGUGUUAUUUGCCAUUUGAGAACAGCCCUCAGACCCCUGUCAGCGAGAUGCUUCUACUACUGCAAGGAUGGCUGGAUGGGACACGUGUUACUGUAUAUACUGUAUGGUAUGGACUGACAGAGAGACCAGAGGAUCUUUUCCAGCCUCUUCUCUCACUGAGGAAGCCCUUUCUGCUGUUUCUAGUGUAUCCACUUGUUGAUGUCACUGACUGAAGACUGUGAGAUGUUGUUUGGUGGUGGUCCCCAAGUCGCCACCGACCAAAGAAGAAAUGGACUUAGCUGAGGAAGGUGGAUACAGAAAUCAUCCCCAAUACCAUGUAUGGGUGUAUAAUAUAUUAUUCUUAAAGGUUAUGAAUAUGCAAAUUCAUGUUUUUCAUGAAAUUGGAUGAUAUUUGGAUAAAAGUAUGAUGGCCAAAGUAUGAAAAAUGACUGUUUCGUCUACAUUGAUAAAGUUUGGAUUCUUGGAUUCAGGUGACAUCACCCUAACUCUCUCAUUUUAAUACACCAAUGGUAACAUGAUAUUCUCUUACCUAAUUUAAAUAAGUACUGCCUUGUAACCAGCAUCGGAGAAAGCGUGUUUGCAGAGGGGCGUGGUUUAUAUAGCUAGAUAGCUACUCUACUGGUGUUAGCUAGUCACUGGCUAGCUAGGUCUUCAGCCAGCGUGGAACUAAAGGGGGGACAGGUCGUUCAAAACUCUCAGUUGUCAGGUCAACACAUCCGUCAGUGCUACUGUGAACCGCAGCACCAGAAACAUGUCAAACGGGAGAUGUAUAAAUCAAAUAUGUAUGUCAUUGAUGCAAUUUCAAUGUUGUUUGAGUUGCUUUGUGUAUCACUUCCUGGUAGUUAGCCAUGAAAUAAAAAGUAAUUUUCCAACAUUUUUAGCAUUUAUAUCCCAAAAUAACAUAAUGGGGGAUAUUUCUGUCACUCAAAAGGCUAUUUUACAUGGGAAUCAGAAUGACUGUUCAGGACAUUUCAUGAUAUGAGAAGGCCUUUCAGCAAAGUUCACCCAUUAUUUCCCCCUAUUUGUUCUAAAGCUUUGGACUGAAACUUUGGAGAGCUCCUUACCUGUUGUUGAAGUCUUUGUCGUGUGUUUUUCUACGGUGGUAGGAGACUUGGAACAGUCACACCAACUAACCUGCACUUUAUGGAUUUUACUGACGGGCUGGCAAUAGCAAUUGCAAGAACUUUGCGCUGACUAUUCCCGCAAUAUGUUUGUAUGAAAAAUGGUUUCUACCUAAAAACUGAUUAAAGAUAUUUUUGUUUAGUUGAA